AUGGGGGAUAAGGCCACGGCCAAAAAAACCAUGAAGGAAGCUGGGGUGCCUUGUGUCCCAGGAUCCGAUGGCAUUAUUGAUACGUUUGAACAGGCCAUAGAAGUGGCCAAAGAAACGGGGUUUCCAGUGAUGCUAAAAGCCACAGCAGGUGGCGGAGGCAAAGGAAUGCGGGCCGUAUGGAAAGCCGAAGAUUUACAAAAAGCUUGGGAAUCGGCGGUGCAAGAAGCCACAGCCGCAUUUGGCAAUGGGGGCAUGUAUAUGGAAAAAUUAAUUCAAGAGCCCCGUCACAUUGAAAUUCAAAUAGCGGGAGAUCAAUACGGUAAAGCCUGUCAUUUGUCCGAGCGAGAUUGUUCGGUUCAACGACGCCAUCAAAAAUUGGCCGAAGAAACCCCAUCGCCGUUUAUGACCUAUGAAUUGCGAUUGGCCAUGGGCGAGGCCGCUGUAAAGGCAGCCGAAUACAUCGCUUAUGAAGGGGUGGGAACGGUUGAAUUCUUAGUGGAUAAGGACCGAAAUUUUUAUUUUAUGGAGAUGAACACCCGCAUUCAGGUGGAACAUCCCAUUACUGAGCAGGUGAUUGAUUAUGACCUGAUUAAGGAGCAGAUAUUAUUGGCAGCAGGGGAUAAGUUAUCGGGACAAAAUUAUUUCCCCAAACUGCAUUCCAUCGAAUGUAGAAUCAAUGCGGAAGAUCCAUACAACGAUUUUAGACCGUCUCCAGGUAAAAUCACCACGUUGAACAUUCCAGGGGGGCAUGGGGUGCGGGUGGAUACCCAUGUGUAUUCUGGAUAUGUGAUUCCCCCGUAUUACGAUUCAAUGAUUGCCAAACUUAUUGUUACCGCUCAAACCCGCACAGAGGCCAUUGCCAAAAUGCGUCGGGCAUUGGAUGAAUUCUAUAUAGAAGGCAUUAAAACCACAGUGCCAUUCCAUCGCCAAUUGAUGGAUCAUCCCGACUUUGUUGCAGGCAAUUAUACCACUAAAUUUAUGGAGGAUUUCCAAAUGGAUCCCUCGUAUCUGAAAGAUUAA